UAUUCUAGCUCAUAUAGCAUUCGUUGGUGGCUGUGGUUGAGUUUUAGUAGCAUAUCCUUGACUUGUGCUAUAUGUGUCAAAUAUUCAGGGAUUUUCUCUGCACUUUUAGUGAUCUCAUUACUAAUUUUUGAUUAUUGGGAAAUGAUAUCAGAUAUUAGUCUUAGUGCGGUGCAACUCAUGACUCACCUAUUUGUUAGAUUUUUAGCUGUGAUUGUUCUUCCAUUGUGUGUUUAUCUGUUAAUUUUUUAUAUUCAUUUGAGUAUUCUGACGAAGGCUGGACCUCAUGAUAAUAUAAUGACUAGUGGGUUUCAAGCAAGUCUUGAAGGUGGUUUAGCUUCCAUCACAAAAGGUCAACCACUAGAAGUAGCGCAUGGCUCUCAAAUUACGUUGCGACAUACUCAUGGUAGAGCUUGUUGGCUUCAUUCACAUCCUCAUGUAUAUCCUUUGCGAUAUCCCGAUAAAAGAGGUAGUUCUCAUCAGCAACAAGUAACGUGUUACAGUUUUAAAGAUGUCAAUAAUUGGUGGAUCGUUAAGCGACCUGAUAUAAAUGAACUUGUGGUCUCAGAUCCAAUUGACAAAAUUAAACAUGGUGAUGUUAUUCAGCUUAUUCAUGGAAUGACAACUCGUGCUCUUAACAGCCAUGAUGUUGCUGCUCCCAUGUCUCCCCAAAAUCAAGAAGUGUCUUGCUAUAUUGAUUAUAACAUUUCAUUCCCUGCUCAGAAUUUAUGGAAAGUGGAUAUUAUAAAUAGAGAUACUGAAGGGGAUGUUUGGCAUACUAUACAUUCUCAUGUGCGUUUUAUUCAUACAGCAUCAGGCCAGGCUCUAAAGUUUAGUGGAAAACAGUUGCCUGAAUGGGGCUUUAAUCAACAUGAAAUAGUAACAGAUAGAAUAAUAAAUCAAGAUGAUACUAUAUGGAAUGUUGAGGAGCACAGAUAUACAAAAAAAGCUGACCAGAAAGAGCGAGAACGUGAUAUGGGUAUGGCAGAAUUUGUUCCUUUGCAACCAACAAAGUUAUCCUUUUUUGAAAAAAUGUGGGAACUUCAGUAUAAGAUGUUUACAACCAAUAGUGAAAAUGUUCAGGAUCACAUGUAUAGUUCUGAUGCCUCAGAAUGGCCUUUUUUAACCCGUGGUAUUGCUUAUUGGGUCAGUCCUCACAGCAAUGCACAAAUACAUUUGUUAGGGAAUGCAGUCACUUGGUAUACUGCAACAUUUGGGCUAAUGUUAUACUCUUGUAUAUUCAUUUUUUAUUUGCUGAGGCGUCGGAGAUGUUUUUACGAUAUUCCUGAGGAUAUGUGGAAGAAGUUUUGUACUGCUGGAAAAGUUUUUGUAUUUGGUUACCUACUGCAUUUUAUGCCAUAUUUCUUUGUUGACCGUACGCUUUUCCUACACCAUUAUUUACCUGCAUAUUUAUUUAAACUGUUAUUGCUAGCUACACUGAUAGAGCAUAUUAGUUUUGUUGUUUGCCUUAUGAAAAACAGUUACCUUCAAUCAUUUUUUAGAUACAUGUUCAUAGCAAGUUUCAUUAUUUGGUUUAUCUUGGUAUUGUAUACAUAUAAUGUGUUUUCUGUAUUUUGUUAUGGGACUGGCCCGUUAUCGGCCGAACAAGUUUUGAAGCUGAGAUGGAAAGACACUUGGGAUUUUAUAAUCCACAUUCAAUGAUAGUGAUAUAUUUUUUUUUAGUUUGGAGAGUAAUUAAAUGUUUUAAAAUUGGAAGGAUCUAUAUCUAUUUAAUACUUUGGCAAGUAGUUUUAAUAUGGAAUUCUUUAUAGCAAUAUUUUCCAACUUUUUAAUUCAUUUGAAAGAUGGAAAAUGUAGUCUUUUCAACAACUUGAUCAAAGUACAAAAUUUGAUGGGGGGACCUUCAUAUAAAAUAUGUAAAAUAAUAAUUGUAUGCGAGUUUUUCAUGUCCAAAAUAUAUGAAAUAUUUUUUUUUAAUAUUUAUGUUAAUGGUAACAUGUCCCAAGGAUUUAAAAUA